UAGAAAUAUCUGGUUAUGUCUCAUUCAAAUCAAGAGGAAAUAAUUCCUAUGAUUGAUAGCACACCUGGUUCGUCACCUAAGAAGAAAAACUUGCCAAUACUCCGAGUUGAUCUAACCAAGUCUCCAAGAGCGACAGGGUCUACAAGAACAUCUGUUGACUAUCUCUACUCUCAGGUUUCUCCAAAUUCUCCACUGCUCUCAGCAGAUAGGCUUUCUGUCAAGUUUGCCCCAGAGGUAUUUGAUUUCCAAGAUAUAGAGAUGGAAAAGGUGCGCUUCAAUAAAGAAAAUGCUGUAACAGAUGGAGAGGACAACGAAGAAGGAGGAGAUGAAGCAGCAGUCGGUGAUGAAGAGGAAGAAGAAGAGGAAGAGGAGGAAGAUGAAGAUUACUCGGCGAGUGUGAGUGCCAUUCUGAUGCGACGAGCUUCGAGCAGACGACAAACCAAGAGAAGGAGACCCUCCUCUGCGUUCUCACCUGACGAGCUUGGUCUUCCAAGGAGAAGAUCUUCUGUUGUUACAACCACUUCUGCCGAAACUGCAAUUUCGAUAGAGGAAGGAGUGACUGAGGAGCAUAUCUUCCAGAAUAUUCGGCUCCAUAAGGAGGUGCUGAGCAGUGUCAAGCAACAACCUUGGCCGAUGAGGAAGAAAAUAAAACUGGUGAAACAGGCAAAAAAGUAUGUUAAAAGACAUGAAGGGGAACUACAAGAGCGGUUGGCACAAAGCAAAACCACCAAAGACAUGCUGGCAUGUUGUGAUAUUAUUUUUGUCAAGGAAUGGCAGUUUGUGAAACGUGAACUGGCAAAUCUGAUGAAUGUGAUGGUGCCCUGGGAACUGCGAAUCAAAGAAAUAGAGAGCCAUUUUGGCUCAGUAGUGGCUUCCUACUUCACGUUUCUCCGCUGGCUGUUCUGGGUCAACUUGAUGAUCAGUCUUAUACUUCUCACUUUUGUUGCCAUACCAGAGAUACUUUUCGCCGACUACAAGGAUGCAGGAGAACGCAAGAAGCUAUUGCCUGAAGAAGCAGCAAUUUCCAAAAGGCUCAUAACUUAUUGGGAGUUUGAAGGAAUGCUGAAAUAUUCUCCACUAUUCUAUGGAUAUUAUAAUAGUCAAGAGAGUUCGAAAAGAGGAUAUGGAUAUAAAGGACCUCUCGCUUAUUUUAUAACUGGGAUUGCAGUCUACAUUUACAGCUUUGUAGCUACUCUAAAAAGGAUGGCACAGAACUCAAGACAGAGUAAACUGUCUGAGAAGGAUGACGAGUGUGUAUUCACAUGGAAGCUCUUCACAGGAUGGGAUUAUAUGAUUGGAAACUCUGAAACCGCUCACAACCGCACCGCGUCCAUAAUACUUGGCUUCAAAGAAGCUCUGCUUGAGGAAGCUGAGAAGAAGAGAGAUGAGAGGAGGUUGAAGCCCAUUCCUUCUGGAAAAUGCUGGCGUUGCGCGCCCUCAUCAACCUCUGCGUUCUGGGUGUUCGCGUUCUCAGUUUUUGCAGUCGUCAGCGUUGUGAAGAGAUCUGCAAGUCCACAGAACGAGAAGAGACGUGGUUGGUGGAAACAGAACGAAGUCACCAUAAUUGUCUCACUAAUCACAAAUGUUUUCCCAUUCCUGUUCGAGAUCCUUGGGUCUAUGGAGCGGUAUCAUCCUAGAAAGAGACUGCGGAUGCAAUUAGGAAGGAUAAUGGUGCUGAAUCUCCUGAAUUUGUACACCUUUAUUUUUGCAUCAUUUUCGAAAAUAAAUGACAAGACAGUACAGCUACAAAAAAUCAAAGAAUCAUUGAUGAACAUAACAAUGGCAGCUUCUAUGAAGAUGAAAUCAGUCUCUCCAACUGUCUCAGCUUUGGCCAACACAAUUAUUGACGAUUCACGAGCAACGAGCAGUAGACAAAUGAAUUGCUCCAGAGUGAUGAGGUGCUCAACUAUGACCUCUCAGAGUACCACCUCUGACAUGAGCAGUACUUCAAUCUCUUCUCUGGCCACUCUACUACUGUUAACCUCUACGACAAUCUCUCCGCCAUUAAAUAUUAUGGACAAUAAUUCCACGUUAGUGAUGCCUGACAAUGUGAACAGAACUUUUGAAACUUCCCCUCAAUUCAUGCCCGACAAUGUGAACAAAACUUUUGAAACUUCACCUCAAUUCAUGCCCGACAAUGUGAACAGAACUUUUGAAACUUCCCCUCAAUUCAUGCCUGACAAUGUGAACAGAACUUUUGAAACUUCUCUUCAAUCCAUGCCUGACAAUGUGAACAAAACUUUUGAAACUUCCCCUCAAUUCAUGCCCGACAAUGUGAACAAAAUUUUCGACACUUCCCCUCAAUUUAUUCCUGGUAUCUUGGAUAACACAAAUGAGAAAAGCGAUAAAUCAAACGAAUUGGAAGAUAAUGACAACGAAAUCUGGAAAAAUCAGUUUCCAAAUCUCUUCAAGUCCUCCUCUCAAGAAAAUUCAAAACCUGUCCUGGGAAAACAGUUUCCCACAUCAGUUGAAACUCCUCCCAAACUAAAUUCCACUAACUCAAAUCCUCAUGUUUAUAACGAAUCGAAUCCUAGAGAUACAUUUGAUUCAAACUGGCCUAUCGAUACAAUAAAAUUUGUCGUAAAUACACAAUACAAUGUAACAGAUUUGGAUGAGAACAAUGAAACGAUACCGUUCGAAUUUGAUAUAAGGUCUGAAAUAGAUUAUGAAGUUGACAAAAAUAUCACUAUUUAUACAGAUAACGAGACGUAUGUGGAUUAUGAUAAUAUGAUGAAUGGUACUUCAACGACGUCCAGCUAUGAUGACCUUGAAAAUGCAACUGAUGAGUCGACGUCCACUUCUGAUGACGGAUGUUACUAUGAGACAGUUUGCUCGGAAUGGUCUCCCGAUGCUUCGUUUUCUUCAACGACUAAACUACCAGUUGAUGCUACCACUGAGAAUGUCGAUCAGAAAUCUGUGGGCACUCACCUCCCCCACAAACCAACAGAUCUACCAGCUAAUAUUGACCUAUCAUUGGAAACGCAUAGACUGAACAUGACUAUGCGCCGUACCCUGAGAAACCUUUGCUGGGAAACGGUCUUUGGCCAGGAAUUAGUGAAGCUUACAGUCAUGGACCUGUUGCUAACUAUCAUCUCAACCCUGAUGGUGGACUUCAUAAGAGCGUUAUUCGUGCGGGUGAUGAACAACUGCUGGUGUUGGGAUUUGGAGAAGAAAUUCCCUCAAUACGGCGACUUCAAAAUAGCAGAAAACAUUCUGCAUCUAGUCAACAACCAGGGGAUGGUAUGGAUGGGGAUGUUCUUUUCCCCAGGACUACCCCUGAUCAACCUCAUAAAACUGGCGAUCAUGAUGUACCUAAGAUCCUGGGCGGUGUUGACUUGUAACGUGCCUCAUGAAGUGGUGUUCAGAGCGUCUAGGUCCAACAACUUCUACCUGGCACUUCUGCUGACGAUGCUGUUUCUCUGUGUUCUGCCUGUGAGCUAUGCCAUUGUGUGGGUGGACCCUUCCUGGCACUGUGGACCUUUCUCCAACUAUCCGAAGAUCUAUUACCUGUUCACGAACAGCACCAAGAAAGCGUUGCCCAAGGAGCUUCAUCAUACGCUGGACUACAUCGCGUCGCCUGGCAUUGUUAUUCCACUACUCAUGCUGCUCAUACUGGUCAUCUACUAUCUGAUAUCGCUCACAAAUUCUCUCAGAGAGGCGAAUAAUGAUCUCAAGGUCCAGUUGCGCCGAGAACGAACCGAGGAGCGACGCAAAGUUUUCCAGAUGGUCGACAGGAAACACAGAGGUGACUUCUCCGGAGAUCUCAUCGACAACACUCCUUUCCUCAAGUGGCAGAAAACGUUGACAAUCCUUCCCAACAAGACAUCAACCGACACUCCAUCAGACACUGCGCCUAUAAUAAGCAUUGCGCAUGCGCAAAAUUCAAACGGUGACCUCAAAUCGGACGCAAAAAGUAAGCCACGUCAAUCUGGAAACACAAAAUGUGACAUUGAGAAGAGUGGGUUGCUUACAAAGCCCAUCGUCGACCAUAAAGCAUCUGUCGUCAGCAAAAACCCACAAGUAGCUGCGUCACAGAGAGCCAACUGUCAGCAGACACCUUCCAAGCUGUUGAAGAAAAAUGUCCUCUCCAAAGCAUCUAGUACAGGAAAUAUGAAAAAUACUCAUUUAUCGGCGUCAUCUUCAUCUAGCGGCAUAUCAAUUCCCAACUCACCGUUCUCACCUUGUAAAAAGAUUGCAACAAAACCGACGAACACAGUUCCAGAAUCUCACAUCAGUACAAAAACUCCACAACCCAGCAAAUGCAAUUGUGAAACGUCUUCUUCUCAAGUAGCAAAGCUCAAGGAUGAAUUACAGACUAAGGACGGAGAAAUCAGCCUUCUGAGAAGUAAUUUGGAAGAAGUAAGGCUAAAAUCUUGCAAAGGAAAAGAUGAGUUGGGGUCCCUGGUUGAGAAGACACGCUUGCUGGAGAAAACAAUUUCCGAUCAAAACACUGUCAUCAAUUUCAUGUCUGGCGAACUCCAAUCAAAGAGUCAGACGUGUGAACGACUAAAAUCGUCGUUAAAGCAACGCAGCGGCCACACGCCAACCACAUCAUCUUCUAAUAAUAAGUUAUCUUCUGCUAACAAGUCAACAUUCACUGAUUGCGGCGUCAGUUCGUCGACUCAGCGAACAGAAAUGUACUUUUCGCCGGCCAUGUUGACUCAGUUGGCCAAUCACGAUGGAAGGCUGCUAUUCGACAUUUGCUCCGCCCACAUCACCCAAUCUGAUCGGCCUAUUCAUUUCCUACAGAAUUUAGACGGCACAUGUCAAGAAAUACAAGAUGACCGUUGGUUUAUUUCGAUCCUUUUCGAGUUUCAAAAACAUCAAUCAUUCGCAACGGAUUUGGUUGCUAACUGUCUAGAUAAGCUUAUAAAUAUAUGCAGAAGCUCGAUAGAAGGAAUUGGCAGAAACAGAGACACAACUGUGAAUCAGUCUCAAAGGAUGAAAGAACUGUACAAUAAGCAUCACGAAAUUGCUCCGCUUUCAAAAAACUACGAACUGUUAAGUCCUACGUGCUGGUAUUCGGAAGAAUCAGCAGUUAAAGAGAGGCGACUGCUUCAUCUAAUCUCGAAAAUAAUCGAUAUUGAGCCACAGUUGGCUCAAGUAGUAGUCCCAAAAAAUUUUAGAUCUGUAAAUAAAUGUAAUUUCAAGUUACCAAGGUCAUCAAAUACUGAAAAGUCGUUGCUCCAUGUACUCAGAAAUACCUUGAAGCUCAUCAAAGACGAGUGCAUCUCUCUCAACCUAAAUGGAUUUCUUGCGAGUUCAGCGUCAUUGUUAAUUUCUAUUAUGAAGAGUAGAAUCGAGAUCAAUGAAGAAGGACAAAAGUUGAUGAACGAAAUCUUCCGACUGAUAUUGCUCAGUUGUCCUGGGCCCACCGCUAUGCUAUUUGCCUGUAAGUUUCUGCCAGCCGUGGAUGACAAAUACACUUUCAUCAACAGUGAUUUAUGCAGGAAUAUCCCAGCCAAAGAGCAUUACGAAUCAGAACGCAGUAACACAUUUGAUGAAGAAACGUGCACAAUCACUGUGAUCUGCUACCUCGUGCAGGCGAUGAAGAACGAUCGGCAGAUUUCCAGGAUAACAGAUGUGCUGGUGAGAUGGCUGAGGAUAUUGCAGAUGAAAUGGGACAAGAGCAGUUACCCGCCCUGGAUGAACUGGGGUUCGCUCGCUCAGCUGCCAGCCAAUCACAAGCUGCUCUGCGACUGUCGAUGUCAACUCAACAAACUCGUCCUUAAACUCCUGUCUGACGCGGCGAAUCUGUUCAGUAACGAAAGCUACAAAAUGGAGUUGAAAGAUAAGAGAAGUCUGGAAAUGUUGCUGGAUCGUGGCAUUGUGCUGAUCUUUGCAGCGGCCAUUGGAGAAGACCGGAGUCUGAGCAUUGAGCCCGGUGAGAUAGAGGCCAACUACGAACUGUUCGUUCGCACCCUCUCUGUCUGCUCCAACCUCAACGUCAGCGCAAUUCAGCUCAAGAAGUUGAAACACCUUGAACUACAAGAAAUGAAGAACGCUAAUGAAUCUAACGAAGACCUGUGUACCGAGCUCACUAGAAAAAUGUGUAGAUUCUGAAAAAUUGACUAUUUCAAAAUUUGCAUUUUAGGCUAAAUCAUUCAAAUUUAUUUCAAUACUUAC